AUGCAUGCCAUCGAGGAAAGGGCUCUUGCUCUCCAAAGGCACACGCCCUGCUGGAGUCUCAGCAAGGGGGGGAACGGGGGGGGGGGGGGCAGUCUGUGCUGUCUGCAUCGAUCCAUCCAUCCCAGACACAAUCCUUUGCAUCUUCCAAGGGACUGUGCAUUCAGCACAUCCACCUGCCAACUUCUUGAGCAUGCAGCACUCAAUUUGACUCACAAGAGGAAUGUUGAAGUCGCGCAGUGCCAAGUGGUUAUUAACAGUGAUGGGGAACGGAAAGAUGGCUGCCAAAGGAGUUGUUUCCUGUGGAUUGGAUGCUGUGGGAAAUGCGCCAACAGUCAAAGCUGGCUCGACUUUCUCGCAGCUGAUCCCAGGCUGCCUUUGCAAUCAUCUUGCGAUGUUGCAGGUGUUGCGGCCCCCACACGCCAGCUGAAGGGACAGCAGGUUGAUCGGCUCUUGCUGGAGCUUAUGUAA